CCCCUAGGGACUAGGAAAAAGGACGCAUACGGGAGCAGCCUACCUCUAGGCGGCGGCGGAUCCGGCGAAUAUCACCGCAGACCUCGUCACAGGAGUGGGUUCCUAAGGCAGGAGUGAAGGACAGGGUGGGCUGCGUGUAUUCGAUUCGUCACAGGGAGGAGCAGAGAGAUUGGCAGACAUGUUUCCGACAACCACCUCAACUGCUCCUGAGUAUUUUGUUGGACGUUUUGACACAAGGCUGGAGACUUGGCAAGAUCCCACUCCUAGGAAAUCAGAAACUACUUUCGAGGAAUUUCGCGAGGCUUGUAUUAAGGCUGCCAGGCGCAAUCACAGCCUUAUGGAUGCUAGGUCAUCAGUUAGGCUUAGUGAGGAGCAGCUUAGACAAAGAGAAGAGCAGGAUCACAAGUUCUUGAUGAUAGCACUGGAAGUCUAUACCAAGAAAAAUAACAUGCAGCCUACUGAACUUGAAUUUGUGGAAGUGAAAGGAAGAAACCUUAUUGAUGAAUUUGGGCUGGGAUAUUUACAUUUCAACUUUUUAGUGAAAGGAUUAGAUGGUAAAAAUACAAUGUUUUUUGCUGAGGUGCAUCAUGAUCUUGAAGAUGAGAAUGAUAUUUAUCUUUGCAAGCCUUUGGAAGAGGAAGAUAUGAAGCCAUCAAAAAAGAAUGACGAAGCUCUCUGUAAAGGGUGUGAAUAUGGUGCUAAAGAUCUUAUACAUCCCAGUUGUGGUAGCUUCCGUGGUGGGCACAAGGAUGUUUGUCCGAUGCAGUCGGACAGUGAUGACGAUGAGUGUGAUUAUGAAUGGCCCCUCUUGGAUUGGAUGUAAAAUAGUGUGUUCACUGUACUCAGUUCAACUUUGAGCUAUAUCGGUGCCUCCCCUAAUUUUACAUCCAUUCCAAGUGGGAAGUUUGUGUUAUCCAAUUGUGUAAUUUUAUCUACAUCUAUGGAAGAAUGUAGCAAAGUGGCAUGACCUGCCAGGCAAGACAUGGUCUGCAGUUUCUUUUUCUUUUGACUCAGAACCUUAGUGUCCGUGCUGCAAUUUAAUAUAUUAGGAAGUUUGUGUCCAUCA